AGAAGAAUUAUUUUGGUUGUACGACAGUGAAAGAAAGCGAACAGAGCAGCCAGCAGAGAAAUAAUAAAUAAAAAAAGUGGUGAAAUUUUAAUAAAGUAAUAAGAAUCAUAUAAAUUAAUAUUGUUUAAGUCAGCUGCAUAGUUUUAAAUAUAAGUAUGUCUUUUGCGGAAAAAUUAACAGGAUUAUUAUCGAGACCAAAUCAACCGGAUCCAGCGGGACUUAAUGAUGCGCCAUGGUACAUGAAGUAUGGUGGCCGAUUAUUGGGUAUUGUUGGAGCAUUCUUUGCCAUACUUUUUGGAUUGUAUAAUGCGUUAAGUAUUGUUUUUCUAAGCGUAACUUGUCUACUCUCAGGAAUUAUACAAAUGCUAGUUGGAUUUAUAGUGAUGGCAUUAGAAGCGCCAUUCUGUUUUAUAUGUAUAGAUUAUGUUAAUCAAAUUGCAGAGAAAGCUGAUGCUCGACCACUUUGGAAUCGUGCAGCAUUGUAUUGUUGUCUUGCGAUACCGCCCAUAAUACUUUGCCCAGGUUUGGGAAGUAUAUUUGGUUGUGGUCUCAUUUUUGGUACUGGAGUUAUUUAUGGCAUGAUGGCAUUAGGCAAAAAAGCCUCUGCUUCUGAAAUGCGACAAACAGCUGUAAAUUCAGGAUUGGCCGGAAACACGCCUACAACAAAUGAUCGCGCUAGCAUUGUAAAUAAUGCACAACCAUUUUCUUUCACUGGAGCUGUGGGUACCGAUAGUAAUGUGUGAUAUCGCAACAUAAUGCCUCAUAUACAAGCAAAUCAUAUAAACUGUAAUAUGUAUUUCAAUA